AUCCGAAUCCGCCUUAUCCCCAAACCCCAUUCCACGCUCUCUCUCUCUCCCGCUCCAAGAACCCGAUUCCAUGUCGCCGGUGACCGCGUUGCUCGCAGGCGCCGCCGCGCCGCUUCCGGCGAUGGCACGGAGGCCGUCCCGCGUGGCGCCCCCGGGAUACUCCCCCGUCGGAGGAGGGUGCGCGCUGGCGGUGGAGUGCUCGUCGCGGCCGCAGAAGAAGGCGACGAAGCACCACAUGAAGACGCGGCCCAAGAAGUCGCAGCCGUGGGACAGGAAGCGCCGCCCCACGCAGUACCGGCCGCUGCCGGCUCUCCCGCCGGACUGGACGCUCGUCGCCGCCGGCGCCACGGUCGACGCGUCGGCGCAGGCCGAGGAUGCGGAUGAGGAGGAACCGGAGCCGGUGGCCGCUCCGGUCGUCGAGGUGGUGGCGGCCCCGGCCGCCGCCGACGACUGAUUCCGGCCAUGUCUCUUUCUACGAAAUUGCUCGUUCAUUGCUAGGUUUGGUGUUAUUGCUUCUCUUGUUUGUCUGUGACCAAAAUCUUGGAUGGUACUGUUUAAAAUGGUUGCUGCUUUAUAUAUAUUGAUUUACUUGAUGAUAUCUUA